UCUGCUCACACCAGCUCGUUCCAUAAACCCUUUCAGAGACUGAGAAAUUAAGCCCAAAAGAACCUGAAAUUGGAUUUGUGGGCAGUGUUUGAGAUUCAAUUAAGAUGGAUAAGAGCAUGAUAGGAGAUCUGGAUUCGCUUCCAGAGGAAGAUAAGCUCAGAAUGGCCACCAUGAUCGACCAGCUCCAAAUCCGCGACAGUUUAAGGAUGUACAACUCACUUGUCGAGAGAUGCUUCAAUGAUUGUGUUGACACUUUCAAGCACAAAUCACUGCAGAAGCAAGAGGAAACCUGUGUUCGGCGAUGUGCUGAGAAGUUUCUCAAGCAUUCGAUGCGCGUUGGCAUGAGGUUUGCAGAGCUUAACCAGGGAGCUGCAACCCAGGACUAGAGUCAUUGAGCUGCCAAGGGUAGAGGGCUCGGGCAGUUUACUCCAUAUUUGCUUUGCUGUCCUUUUUUGUUUUGUUUCAAAAGAAGAAAUGGUGUUGUUGUUGUACCCAUCUUCAUGCUUUUGUUGUCUAUGGGAGAAACAGCAAAUUGUAUUCUGUAGAUACUUGGGAUCUGAAGUUGCUGUGUGAUAAGAGAUUCUAUUUUUACUAAUUCAAGCAGCAGUCCACGUUUGAAUGUGAUGAAUAAAAUGCUUUGCUUUUGUAGAA